AUGGGUGAGAAGGAAAAAGAGCUUUGCCCACGUCUCAUCGACUACUUCGUCGUCGUCGGACGCCGAAACCGCGCGAGGUAAAUUAUGCUUCUUUGGCCUCCGCCGUCCGUCAGUCCACUUCAAGAAAGCUCCAUUUCAAAAAAAGACGGAGAAUUGAACGACAUUCCUUGUUUUCAAGACACCGAGUAGAAAAAUUAGAGAGUGAAGUCGGCCAGGAAAAUACUAAAAAAGUUCCGAGGAGGAAAGCAAUUGAAGCUAAUUCAUUUUCCCACCAUUUUGAAUGCACGAGUUUUCUACCGAGCUUCAGUUCUUCACAAAGCUUGUAACUGCAAAAAUAUCUGUCAAGAAAAAUAACCACAAAAAUCAUUCUUUAUCUAAAUGGAUGCGGAAUAUUGAAAGUUUUCAAAAAAUGAUUGGUUCAAAACUAUGCUAUAUAUAACUAUGAUAUCGAUCUUUAGUUGUGACUAACCUUGAAACGUUUUCUCAAGCUGUGUGAUAGCCACAGGCAGAAGUAGUUUCAGGUCGGACGCAUCGUAAAAAUGACUUCUGUCUACUAAAUAUUCCACCAAUUCGAAGAAAACUUUAAGAAAUUAAAUUUCAAAUUUGUAAGAGGCUCAAAAAAAGGGAGAAACAAGCGAAAAAAAAAAUUCAUUUUCUCACCAUUUCCAUUCUCGAAUUUCCAACCGAGUUCUAAUUUAUUACUAGCCAUGUGGGGUCGCUAGAAUAUGCAAAUUACGGAAAAUUUUCAGAGGAUCAAGUCAAGCGAGCUCCUCCGACGCCACGCAUACAAUCACAUAUCCGGAAAUCUUGAGAAGGUUUCAAUUAAAGAGGAAGAACUUUUUUAUUGGGACUUUUUGAAGAUAUCCAACCGAUGACCACAAGGAUUUUAUCUUGCCGACGGAUGUGACUGUAUUUUGCCAGCCUGAAGGAUGCAAUACUUUGAGUAAGAGAAUCCUUCGCAAAUUCAUUAAGUUUAUUUUUGAAAAUCAGCUGGAUAAGCCCAAUAAAAUCAAUGUCAACAAAAUCCUCCAUUCACGGCUAGCUAGUUUCAGACCAAAUUUUCCAGGUUCCCGGUCCAGAAAAGGGCUGCGAAAGGAUCCGCAGUUCUUCGUCUUCAUGCUGACCGAGAAGGACUCGGCCAAAAUUCGAUACGGAAUCUGCCUCAACUUCUACCAGUCCUUUGAGCGAAAACUCGCCCUUCUGCCUGGUUUGGAAGAAAAUGCGCCGCACCCGCAUAAGAAGUGAGUUGUUUUCUGCUUCCGCCACUAUUCGGCAUGGGAGAAUACGUCAGAUAUUUUUGGUGCUGACAAGAGGGGAAAAAUUCUUUUUGAAAAUAGCUAGUAGUGGUGAGAAUAGUUGUUUAUCGGUAUCUCAAAAAAGAAGAAGCAGUAAUGUGAUAUAAAAGAGUAAAAUCGAAAUAUUGAAUUUUCAACUGUGGAUAAAGCGAAAAAUAAAAUCUUUUGACCCAGAAACCUCUGAUAAAAAUGAUUACUUCUAGCCACAAAGACUACGCGAUGUCGCUGACGUCACUGUGCUUCAUCUCUCACCAUCCGUUCGUUUCCAUUUUCCACCAGCUUCUGCUGCUCCUCAAGCGUCUGAUUGACAGCUGCAAUUACCGAGCAGCGCAGGCGACCGGCCACAGGUUUUGUUCGAAAAUCACCUAGUGCAGAAAAAUAGCGAACUCUAAUGAUAGGGAUGUCGUCUGGUCGGUCCUCACUGGCCAUUGGUCUGAAGCGAUCCCGCCGGAGGUGAUGAAGGAGAUGAAAGAAAUUGAGACCUGGAUCCUGAUGUUGCUCAGCUCACCUGUUCCGGUGCCGGGGAAAACGAAAGUUCAGCUGGAGGUAUACAAUUUGUUGACUAGAAAAUUCUCAAAAUGGAUCAAAACGAUCCUUGAACAAAGGUUCUUAAGCUUCCUAAUAAACAUCAAAAAUGGUCUCAUUUUAUCAAGCCUUUAAAUUUUGAGUUUAGAAAUGGUGAGAAAUAAAAGAGGAAAUUUCGAAAAAAAAAAACAGGAACCUUGAAGUUUAACUGAAAUUGCAGGUGAUGCCCUUGGAAAUCGCGCCGAUUUUCGAGUUUGCCCUACCGGACCACACGCGGUUUUCGCUCAUUGACUUCCCUUUGCACAUUCCUUUCGAGUUAUUGGGUAUCGACAUUGCUUUGCGGGUUUUGACCGCGGUCAUGCUGGAAUUCAAGGUACAGCUUACUCGAAUUAAUUUUUACAUUUUGAGGCUUAAGAAAUUCUGUCUUUGAUUAUUCGAAUUAAGCGUCAGCUGAAAACUUCAGUUUAGUAAAGUUUAUUCUUUGAAAAAAGUGCAAAACAUAAGUUUAGAAAUCGGCUGGGGACUGAAAGAUUUAUGUGAAAUUGACGUCGACUUGCGUGACAAAAUAACUUCAAACGCGUUAUCAAAGCCUCCACGUUUUAGAGAAUCUGGUCUUGAAAAUUUUCAAAUGUUGAAGGCGCAUGUACGAGUUCUGAAAAACAAUGCCACGACUCGAAUUCACUAAAAAGUUUACCAUUGUGACAACAUUUUAUAAGGUUUUACGAGAAAUACGCGAGAUAGUGCGUAAAAAAAUUGAGGUCUUUGUGAUACUUCUGGUGGUUAGUGACAAAUGCACUUGACAUUUGAAGACUCAUUUAAUCGCACUUUAAAAAAAAGCUUUAAUUUCAGGUUGUGAUACAAUCCCGGAACUACAAUGCAGUCAGUAUGUGCGUCCUUUCUUUUGUGGCAAUGCUCUACCCUCUGGAAUACAUGUUCCCAGUUAUUCCACUUCUACCAGCCUACAUGCCGUCGGCCGAGCAACUUCUCUUGGCUCCAACUCCAUUCCUGAUCGGCGUUCCGGCUUCUUUCUUCCAACAAAGAAGAAUCCACGAGGUGCCUUCCGACGUCAUCCUCGUCGACCUUGACACCAACCACGUCAAUGUUCCUGAUGAGCUGUACAUUCCUGAUAUGCCGGAGCCUGACGUCACUGAGCUGAAGGUUUGUUUUCCAACUAAAAUUAGGAAAAAUAUUUUUCAAUUUCAGACUAAUUUACGCGCGGCUCUUAACAGGAUGUCGGUGAAUUUGAACGAAACACGACGAGGAAGUGUCGAAGCGUCGUAUGCAAUUGACAUCGACUCAGUUGACGUCGCCUGUCGUGUAUCCAUGGUUUGCUUUUAGAAAACUGUGUGGUCGCUUUUGGAAUGAAAGAAUAAAAAAAAAGAAAACAGCUUUACAAAACGUCUUACCUUUUCGGAUCAGUCUCAUAAAUUAAUAGAUUCCAGGUCAAGUUCUUCAACUCCCCGAACGUCUUCGGAGACUUCAGUGAGCACACCAGGACUUUGAGACUCUAUCCAAGACCAGUAGUCGCUCUUCAAACUGAAUCUUUCCUGAGAAGUCGACCUCAGUGCACUCAGUUCAUAACCGAGUUGUGCAGGUAAAAAUUGUAUUCUAUGAGCGAAAGAGUCGAUUUUUUUUCAGAACUCAAGCCGUGGAAUAUUUUGCCGAAUGUUGUCUGUGUCCCAAAAAUGAGACGUUUGUCCGGGUUCAAGCUGGAAUCGAGAGCGCAGAACAAGUUGGAGAUAAGAGCAAGUGGUUCUGCGAAUCUUUGAUGCCUGUUCAUUUUACGGUUGAACCAUUUCUUUGUUCUGAGAAUUUUUAAUAUUUUCAGGUUUAUCCAAACAACUCGAGCCUGGAAUCGUCUUAUCAAGAGUAUGGAAGAGACGGAAACGAUUCAGAAAGCGACGACGAAGACCAAAGAUCCAUUGAAAGCUCCAGCAGCGUUGAUGACUUGGUUUUUGACAAUCCAGAAGAGGCGCAGACUAGCACAGGUACAUCUUUUUUUGCGAUUUUCUUUCAACGCAUCAGACCAGCAGCGACUUGCGCGCCUACUGUGCAGAAAAACAUCUAUUACACUAUUCAUUUCUUUGAAAGUUAAUUGUUACUGAUCUUCACUAUUCAGGCCGGGAACAAGUCACGAAACCCCUCGCCGAAGUGAACGACGUCUAUAAGGAACCGUUGACCUUAGAACUGCCUCAAAGUACAAGCGCCGUUUCGAUAAGUAGCUCUUUCAGUAGUGGAAGGUAUAAUAAUCAUAAAAUCUUAUGAAAAUUCUCAAAAUUGGAGGUCAAGCCCAGCUUCUUCCGCUUCAGCUUCUGCCAUGGACAGCGAGGCGGAUUUUGCUCGUUUAGCUGAAAAUCUCGCCUUGAAAUCGAAUUCUCAAGGAGCUUUUUCUUUUGACCACGACGAUGAUGACUAUGAAUCUACGCCGGUUUCUCAAAGACGGAAAACAAUCCCAACCGGAAAUGACGUCAGUACUCCGACUUCAAAAACACCUCCGAAUAAAAGAGGCAUGAGGAUCAAGGUAGCCUAGCAACGACCUAAUUAGACAUAUGAUAAGAUGAAUUUUAGGGUUUAUCGUCCCUAACUGAUUCUGGUGAGAAAGUUCUGGGGCCGUCGUUCAUGAACGCAAUCAAUGGCUAUGCAGAGAAAAGUCAAGGCAUUUUCAGCCAGGUAAAUCGAUGUCUCAGGGCAAUAAUAUAAUUUUUCUCUUCAGGUACUUCACAAAACAGCGCCGAGAGCUCAAGCCUUGAAAGAACGGACGAUGCGACCUCUCGCUACAAAAAUCGAGCAAAGCCAGCAUUUGGUGAAGACUAAAACAACGCCAACUCCUACUAGUACUCAAGCGGCUAAUCAGCAGAGGUACAGUGAAAAAAAUUGAUUAAUUAUUUAAAAAAAUCAAGAAUCUUGGGAAUUUCCGGUAGUGUGACCUUUUAUCAUCCAAACUGGCUUCAGAUUUAUUUUCUUCAGAAAAUUCAUAGAAUUUACAUCCAUCAAAUCUCCUUAUUUCCAGCAAAAACCAACAAAUGGUGCGAGAAUUCUGCGACCAGGCGCUAGCUGGACAGUCGAUUGGGAUGUUCGCAGCUCCCAAACUGAGACGGUUUGGUUUUUUAUCGAAUUUGGAAACAGUAAACUUUUCUUCAGACUCAUGGAAGAUGAAAGCCUCCGAGAAUUGGUCUGCUCAAAACUGAACUUGGGAUUGGAGCACAAGUUAUCGGAAGACGAAUACGUCAAGGAAAUUGUGAGUAUACUAGUUUUUUUUUGAUUUCAAAUAACUGAUUUUCAGCCUCUGACGAGAGCCCAGUACAAAGCCUACGUGAAAAUGCUCAAAGCUUGUUUGGACGGAAUCGAGGUAUUUUUUGAAGGUCGUAAAGGUGAAAAUAAAGAACUUCAGGUCUCAUUCAACACUCCCGGAUGCUGCGGCCUUGCCAGUGUAUUUCAUGUUCUGGAAAUUGCGCAUACGCAUUAUUGGACGAAAGGAGAAGAUAAUGCAGCGACUCCAAAUAGCUCGGCGCCUAGUACAGUGAGUUGAAAAUCAUCUUCACAUGAACUUGCUGUUUCAAGGGGUUUCUUCACUUCCAUUCAACUUUUUCCAGAUUCCCACUCCGUCAACUUCUUCUCAUGACCUCGCGAAAGACGUUGCGUCCCGACCCAAACUUCCAGCCACUGCGAUCGACCUGAGGACCCCGACCAAGCCAGUGGGGUCUCAACCGGCUAAUGGAAAUGCUAUAAAACCGUCAGUUUUUUGAAAAAAACCCAAACUUUGAUAUCAACGGAGAGCGUUGCGGUCGCGAAGCGGCUGAAUAUUUUUUUUCCAAUUUUUUUUCAGGAAAGAUGAAUGUAAAAUUUUUUAGCGUACUUUAUACUAUUUCUGAUAAUUACUAAUUUCAAGCAGAAAAAAAUCAGGAAUAAAAAAUCUGAGUCAAAUCUCUUUGCAUAAAUUUUCAAACUGUUGAAGACCAUUGUUUAUUAUUGUCUCUACUGAACCGGGAAAAAGUUUUCAAGCUAUACAUUUUAAGCCAUUUUCACUGUGACCAGAAAAUGGAACAUGAUCCAAGAAUGUUUCAGAUCACCAGUACCUACCGGCCAAGGACCUCCAGUCGAAAACUUACCGCCUCGAGUGCCGCCGCCGCAUCCGAAUGGUCCUCCGCCAAUACCGCCGAGAGAUCCGAAUGUUCACCCACCUGCCACCAAAGUGGCUCCUCCAGUGCCUCCUCGUUUCCCGCCGCCAACUACUGAACCACCUUCGGAUCCUAAUAAACGACCGCCUCCUCUUCCUCCAAGACCUCCGCCACCUCGACAAGACUCUGUCCAAUCGGUCAUUUCUAUGCAAGAUAGUGGCAAAGCCAGCAGGAAGGAGAGUACCGAUACGAUCCGAGGACCGAAGGUUGGUUUUUUAAGUUGGAAAAUACUAUUCGGUUUUGAAAAAGCAAAAUUGAACAAAGAACUGAAAAGAAAAGAAAAGUCGUCAAAUGAGGUUUUUAGGACGCAAACAGCGAAUUCCCCAAUAAUUCAUUUUGAUUAAGGAGUCAAAUCUCUCUCUGAUUUUAUAUGAAAUCUAUUAGCGCUCUGAGCUCUAUCUCUUGAAACCUGAGAAAGAAAAAUUUUUGAGUGAAAAAAAUGAUUCUUCCAGUCUCCACCAACUUCACUUCCUGUCGGAAAGGCAGAACCUCAAAAAGUUCUCCCGACACCGGCUGAACCUGUCCGGCACUACAUCUAUCAGGACCUGAUUCGUGAGUUUCCGAUCAAAUUUUAUCAUUCUCACUAUAAAAACUUGCAGUAACGAGUUUGAACCCAAUCUGGCAAAAUCCACAGUUCUGGGAGAAUGCUUUUGUUGACGUGGUGGCUCAAGAAAGAGAUAUUGUCGGGAUGGAUCAAGAGCCGUCGGAAAUGAUUGACCGGUGAGUGAACAGUCCAUAUAUACUUGAAUUUAUGAAUGAUCAGAUUAUAAGGAAGAAAUUUUAGAUACGCCGCCUUGAAUGAUCUGGAAAAGAAGCGAUUGGAAAUGGAGGAAGAUCGGCUUCUUUCAACACUUCUGCACAAUAUGACGGGUUACAUGAUCAUGUGUGGGACUGGUCAGAAGGCGAUCCAACAGGUGGAUUUCUUAAUCAUCAUUGGUUUACUAAGAAAAACAUGAGCGAGAAAAGCCAUUUCUGACGUUUUUGAGGAUAAAUAUAAGGUAUUUUCUUCAGAAAAUUCGACGCCUUCUGGGAAAGGCACACAUUGGACUGAUCUGCUCGAAAGAGAUCAACAAACUUCUAGACGAACUUCCUCAAACUGUAAGUUUUAUUGUUCUUCUACGAAAUUCAUGAAUUAUUUGAAAUUUAGCAAGGCAACUCGAUUCCUCUAAGGCCGCUUGGAAGCCGGUUGGUGCAAAAACACUCGUUUACCGUUUUCCCAGGACCAAGUUCUGAAGGACCCAUUAUGUUUAUGGAGGUGAAUAAUUCAUUUGAAUUCCCAGAACAACUUGAAAUGAUAAUUUUAGGUCUGUGACGACGCCGUAGUUCUCCGAGCUGUGACAGGAGCUGUGACUGAGCGUUGGUGGUACGAAAGACUCGUCAACAUGACCUAUUCGCCCAAAACCAAAGUCUUGUGUCUAUGGCGCCGGCAUGAGGAUAAAGUCCACAUGCACAAGUUCCACACCAAGAAGGUUGGUUAUUUCGGAGUUCUGAGUUGUUCAAAAGACGUAAAAAAAAGUUAUUCAUGGUAGAAAAUUUGAAGGAAAUUCACAAGCGAAAUUAUUUCGAUACGUUUCACUUUGAGUUUUCAAAAACCUCCUUGAAACUGUAAAUGGACUUGUUUUCCUUAUCAUUAUCUUUUCAGUGCCGUGAGCUGUACCAGUGCAUGAAGUCGGCCAUGGAGAGAGCUGCUGCUCGUGGAAGAGUCUCAGUUGAAGGUCGUGCCCUUGGCGGCGAGUUCCCAGUACAUGACACUGAAUCCAAUCAAGGAGGCCUUCUACAGGUUAAUAUCAAUGAAACCUUGAAAAUAUCAAGAUCUUGGCUGUUGAAGUUUAUUUUUUGUACUAAUAGACUUGUUUUAACUCAAAAUUAGACUAUUUAAGCAGCAAUUGUGAAUUUGCUUUUGAAGAUUCCAUAAUUUUGUAUACAUUUUCGCAAGAAUCAAAGAACGAAUCCUGAACCUGACGUUUUCGACAGAAUAUUUCACGCCUGUCACUGUUUCUGUAGCUUGUAGAAACUAUAGUGAGCUGCUCCAAAUGCCCAAAAUUUCCAUCUAUUUUUUAAAAUCUCAAACAACUCUUGUCCUUAUUUGAAAGUUUACAGGUUCGAUGCGACGGAGUGGCAAUCAUUUUCGCCAACAGCCAGCAGUUCAUAGACCUCACCAACAUCAAGAAAUGCAAUACAUUCGGAGGCAACGUCUUCCUUCUCGAAGAAUUUGGUAUUUUAUUCCAUGCUAUCAUGCGAUGA